AUGAGUGAAAAUGGAUUAACGAUAAGCAGUCAUUCGAUUGAAUCGAUACAGUUUAUCACGAUGCGUUGGUUCAAGGUGCGGGAUUUUUUCGAAUCAACCCGUCCAGUCUAUCUGGCCGCGAGAAUCUGUCUAUUACAUUUCGAAACAGUUGACUUCCGCGAGCGAAAGUUUCGAAAAACCUUAUUUGAUCAAAUACGUUUUAUACUCACAAUGUGGGCGGAUUUGUACCUAGCUUCGGUGGCUAUUGGCUUCGGAGAAGCUUUCAUGAGCCUGUCAGAAUCGACUUUACUCAACGCGGGAUACUUUGCGUCAAUUAUAGAUUCGUAUCUGUUCAUGCUUAGUCUUCCUACGUGGAACAGAUGGAUGGCAGCGAGUAUAUUCGCAAUUUUCGAACACAUAGCGGAAGUCGACGAUGAAUUAAAACAAUUGGGACUAACCAUAAACCACCAGAAGCAUCAUUUUGUAUCAACCGUUGUUAUGGCUUCUGCAACUACGUUGGAAAACAACACCGUGACUGUCCAGAGCUCGGAAGUUAGCUGUCAAAUGAUUCGAAAAUUUACGCUAUUGCAUGAUAAACUGUGCGAGACGAUCAAACUAUUCAAUCGUUGCUUCUCCCUUCAAAUGAUGGUUGCCUUGGCUUGUACCUUUAGCUACACCUUAUUCGCCGCAUUUGGACUAAUUCAUUCGUUUGCUGCUCGGGUGAACGAGGGAACACUCGAACUAGCUUUGUCAAACAUGGUGAUGGACGGGUUCUAUGUGUUCUUCAUGAUCCAACUAACAGUGAUUUCUAGUCUAACCUACAAUGAGGGCACUCGAACUGUAACUUUGGUUCAUAAAAUCAUCAGUUACGGCAGCUAUGAUAGGAAAACACUAAGGCAGCUGCAAAUGUUUUCUUAUCAACUGUGGAACCGGGCUCCAAAAAUUUCCUGCAGAUUGCUGGACUUUGACUGGUCGUUAUUCUACACGGUAGCUGCAUCGCUUACGACUUAUCUUCUUAUACUUGUUCAGUUUGAUGUGGUUAAUUUUUAUUAAUUAAAAAUUUUGUAUAGGU